CCGCCGGAUGCGCGCGCUACGUCUGAUCUACAUUCUACGUGUUUCUACGUAGAUCUCGACGCGCUCUACGUAGCGGUUCUGAAUGCACCUGCUACACGAUUCUUGAAAGUUCCUUUACAAAAAUGCGCUCUUGUCAGCGUCCCUCGCACGGUUGACGCGAUGUCCGAAUCGAAUUCGCCUAAAACGGAUACCAGUAGCUCCAGCCUCCUGCGGCAGUUUCGCUUUCAAAAAAAACAAACGAAAGCAAUAAACAUGUCUGAUGACGAUAGUAAUUUGGUAAGUUCUGAUGCACAAGUGCGCCGUAAAGCUGUAAAUCGUAUUGAGGAUAGCGACAGUGAUAUUGGUAGCCCAGCUAAAUCAAGUUUAGACUGUAAUGCCAAAGGUAAAGAGAAUAAGUUAAAGUACCUGACAGCUUUGUAUCCACAGACUGAUGUAUUGCUUAUAGAGGAAGAACUUAGUAAUACUAAUUGGAAUGUUGACGAGGCCGAGGAAGCACUUAAAAAGAAUAGAAAAAGGAGUUUGAAGGAAUCUGCAAAAUCUAGUAAAAAGAAAAGAAGAAAAAUGAAUGUAGAUGAAGAUGUAGAUAUUGAUUCAGAUGAAGGAAAUUAUAAAGACAAAGUAUUCAAUAGUGAUGAAGACUCGGAUAUAGAGAUAUCUAAUGAGCUCACAGGUGAUAAAAAGGCAGUUUUGGAAUUUAUGCGAACUGCUCUGCUUUCAGAGCUCCUUCUCAUGUCUCAAUGUUCUCAAAAGCGAGCUAAUGCUAUUGUAGAAGCGAGACCAUUUGAAGAUUGGAGAGACUUAGUAAAUAAAUUUCAAAAUACAAGAUACUUAGACACAGAAUUACUAAAUGCAGCUCAGGUAUUAUUAUCUACACGUCAUGUAGUAGAGAGUCUAAUGAAAAAAUGCCUUCGUUUAUCCACCAAUAUGGAAAAAGCUGUGGCUGCUGGUGCUUCAGCUAUAACACAACAACCAAAAGCACUAUCUUCGCAUUUAACAUUAGCUCCAUACCAAAUGGUUGGCUUGAAUUGGCUCGCCGUUAUGCAUGCACAAAAUGUGAAUGGUAUAUUAGCUGAUGAAAUGGGUCUAGGAAAAACGGUACAAGUGAUAGCAUUUCUAACAUAUUUAAAAGAAGCUUGUCUUCUCAAUGAAAGAGAUGGGCCUCAUUUAAUUGUUGUUCCCAGUUCGACUAUGGAAAAUUGGUGGAACGAAUUAGAAAAAUGGUCACCUGAUUUGAAAGUUGUACAAUAUUAUGGCUCUCAAGAAGAACGAAAAGAUAUGCGAAUGGGAUGGCGAAGUGGUGAUCUUGAUGAUGUUGAUGUUCUGUUAACUACAUACAAUUUAAUUUGUAGCACUCCAGAGGAGCGUAGAUUAUUUCGGGUUAUGCGGAUUAACUAUGUAAUUUUUGAUGAAGCUCAUAUGCUCAAAAAUAUGAGCACUGUUAGAUAUGAAAAUCUUGUUAGGAUUAAUGCUAAGCAUCGGAUUUUGUUGACUGGUACACCUCUACAAAAUAAUUUAUUGGAAUUAAUGUCUUUAUUGAUAUUUGUAAUGCCUUCAUUGUUUGCUGGCAAACAAGCAGAUAUAAAAAGUUUAUUCUCCAAAAAUUCUAAAGGCGAUAAAAGAAACGGAGAACAGCCGCUGUUCGAAAGAGAACAAGUUAAGAAUGCAAAGGAAAUUAUGCGACCAUUUGUUCUUCGACGACUUAAAAGUCAAGUCCUACGUGAUUUGCCUUAUAAAAAAGACGAAAUCAUACGAUGCGCAUUAAUUGAGAAACAGCAAAGCAUGUAUAAUAAAUUAGUCGCACAAUUUUCAGCAGAGGCUAGCGAAAUUACGGAAGUGAAUGGAACUGGCAUGAUGAUGCAAUUGAGAAAACUCGCCAAUCAUCCCCUUCUCGUACGCGAUUAUUACGAUGAGAAAAAACUUAAAGCUAUAGCAAACAGAUUGGUGAAAGAACCAGGUUACAAACAGAAGAAUUCAGAGUAUGUCUUUGAAGAGUUGAUUUGGACAUCUGAUUAUCAAAUAAAUCAAUUGACACGUAUGUACAAAAGUGUAGCUGGCUUUGGUUUGCCCCAGGAGCUUAUUCCUCAAGCUGGAAAAUUAAAGGAAUUGGACAAAUUACUACCACAACUGAAAAAAGAUGGUCAUAGAACACUCAUUUUUAGCCAAUUUACUAUGAUAUUAGACAUACUCGAGGAAUAUUUAACUAUUAGAGGACACACAUUCUUAAGGCUAGACGGUAGUACACCUGUGACUGAAAGACAGACUCUUAUAAACGAAUAUACACAAGAUGAAAAUAUAUUCAUAUUUUUACUAUCUACAAGAGCCGGAGGUUUGGGGAUCAAUUUAACAGCUGCCGAUACUGUUAUAAUUCACGAUAUAGAUUUCAAUCCUUACAAUGAUAAACAAGCAGAAGAUCGAUGUCAUCGUGUUGGGCAAGAAAAACCGGUUACGAUAAUUAGAUUAUUAAGCGAAAACACAAUAGAGGAAAAUAUGUAUGAGAUAGCUCAAGAAAAAUUGCAUCUUGAACAACAAAUUACUGGAAAUGAAGAAAGUGAUAGUACAGAUAAGAAAUCUGUUCUAAAAUUAUUAAAAAUGACCAUAGGCCAGGAUGCUCACAAUAAAUCUUUAUCACCAACGAAAAAUACAUGUAAAGCAUUUGAUGUAAUAGAAAAUAACGAAAGUUGUAAAUAGCUUAUAACUCUAUUUGUAAUAAUCAUAAUUUUGAUAUAUUCCAAUUUCAUCUAUACUGAAAAUGUCAUACAGGGACAAUAAUAUUUUGUAAAAAA